GGCUGGUGGGGAGAUGUUUAGUUAGUGUGGCUCCAACCUUUGUGCUCGACACCUGCUUUCUUGUGCACCUGGCGGCGCCUCACCUGGGUAUUAAGCACACCUGGGCAUUGACACUGCCUCACACACCUUCCAGCUCCAGAGUAAUACGGUCUGGUGAAGAUGGCAUAUCGCUGUACUCUUCUCCUCAUACUGGCUGGAAUAUUGGCUUCCCUGGUGCCUCUAACUGGCUCCGAGAUUUACAGCUGCUUCAGGGAGGAGGUGCCCGAAGUGCCUGAUCCUGAGUUCUCCAAGGGCGUGACCAAGUUCGGCCUGAAUCUCUUCAAGCAGGUGAUAAGGGCUCAGGAACAGGAAGGUAGGGUAGGGGAGAACACAGUAAUGUCGCCCUACAGUGUGUGGAGCGCCCUCUGUCUCGCGUUCUUUGGUGCUGAGGGCCAGACCAAGACCCAGUUGGCUCGAGCUCUCCGCCUCACCACCAAGAUUUCCACCUUCAACCAUUGGAGAUUCCUCAACCGAAUGUUAUCAUCCGAUGGAGCUGUGACCACGAUGGAAACUUUUGGCGGCAGAAUCAACAGUAAGAUCAGUAAUGGAAGAUUGAACAGCAAAAUAAGAAGCAGGAGUAGCGGCGCAAAGUCGAUUUUCCAGAGCACCAACAAGGCUUACUUCUCUCAUAACAUGACUCUGAACCCAUGCCUUUCGGCCUCCCUCGUGGAGCUCUCCCAUCUCGAUUUCUCGAGGCCCGUCACUGCAGCGCUGAAGAUCAACAUGGACGUGAGAGAGGCCACCAUGGGCGAGAUAGACAACCUGGUGGAACCCCAAGAUCUCCUUGACGUCAAAUUUGUUCUACUAAAUGCAGUAUUUUUCCGCGGUACCUGGAAAACCCAGUUUCCCUUGGAAAACACGGCUCCCAGGAUGUUCCACCCCACCCCAGUCCUCUCGCUGGGGCCAGUACCCAUGAUGACUACCCUCGGCAGCUUUAAAUACGCGUAUCGCACUCCGCUAGAGGCCUCGUUGCUGGAGCUACCGUAUGAGACGGGAUUCUCACUGCUAGUGCUACUGCAGCGGGAGGCGGUGUCAGAGAUUACCUUGCAGACGCUGGUAGAGCUGGGGAUCGUCGACUUGUUCAGCUCCCGGUCUGAUCUGAGUUCGUUCAGCAACAGCAGUGACCUGCAGUUACACUCGGCCAUCCAUCAGGCCAAAGUUCGGGUCAAUGAGGAGGGCACCGUGGCCGCCGCCGCCACAGGUCAGAGGUCAUCUAUGGUCAAGUAUUUAGUGUGAGGU